AUGCUCUACUCCCGACUCUAUGCUAAAGGGAGUGACGAUCCCUGGAAUAUUACCCUGGGCAUGCUAUCCUGGGUAUUCUGGUCGAAUCUUACGAUCCUGUUUAACAAGUGGGUGAUUAGCUCGACUGAGUUUCACUAUCCGGUUCUUCUCACAACAUGGCACCUCGUCUUCGCGACUCUGGUGACUCAAAUUCUAGCGAAAACUAGCACUCUGCUGGAUGCUCGGAAAAAUGUGCGAAUGACUCCUCGUAUCUACAUGCGAGCUAUUGUGCCCAUCGGUAUCCUCUACAGUGGAAGUCUGGUCUGCAGUAACGUUGUUUAUCUCUAUCUUAAUGUCUCGUUUGUGCAGAUGCUCAAGGCUGCCGGCCCUGUCAUCGCUCUCCUCUCCAGUUGGGCCUGGGGUGUCGCAAAACCCUCACUUGCAGUGCUCAUCAACAUCCUUAUUAUCGCAGCGAGUGUGGGUAUCGCUGCGGCCGGCGAAAUCCAGUUCUCAUGGCUCGGUCUUUUCUUCCAGGUCGCGAGUCUGGUCUUUGACGCCAAUCGACUGGUCAUGAUCCAGAUCCUGCUCUCCGAGGACGGUCAGAAAAUGGACCCCCUGGUUAGUCUGUACUAUGCGGCGCCGGUCUGCGCCGUCAUGAAUUCCCUGGUCUCGUGGCACAGCGAGUGGGGGGCUUUUCAUUGGAGUGAGAUUUCACAGAAUACCUACUGUCUAUUGAUCCUCAAUGCGGCUGCCGGGUUUAUGUUGAAUGUCUCGAUAUUUGUUCUGAUCGGCAAGACGUCUGGUCUGACCAUGACGCUAGUCAGUAUUCCCAAGAAUAUCCUGCUUAUUUUCGCCUCGGUCGUUAUUUGGCAUUCGCGUAUCAGCUUCUUGCAGAUCGUCGGGUAUACCAUCGCCCUGCUGGCGCUGGCGUACUACUCGCUGGGGCGCGAUAGGCUCCAAGAUUUAUGGGCGGAUGUGAGAGCUUGGAGGUAUGGUUUGAAGACUGUACCUCCGGAUAAUGUUUAG